AUGAUCCUCUCCCAUUUCAAAUCAGACAUGCAUGCCACUGGCAUCUUACGCGUGGGUGAUCGACGUCGAGAUGGCCCCCAUGGGCCAUUGGCCAUUAACCAUUGGCCACUGGCCAUUAACCAUUGGCCACUGGCCAUUGUUCAGAUUAGGGAAACGUCGAGGAACGGAUCAGAGAAGCAAGCCGGCAUCAAUCACCGCAGCGAGGACGACGCGGCCUUGGUGUUUGUUCCCUGGCUGGCGGCGGCCCGAUUGGCCAUGACAUACAGUCAGGUACAUCCUUUCUACAUUGAGGUUUUCAUGCCUACUACGGAUGCGCCGCCUCUCCCAGUCAAUCCAUCUCCCGCCGCCUGUCUGCCUCCCUCCUCUCCCGCUUGGCACGGCCACAACCGAACUGCCGUAAGAUAUAUUUGUCCUCAGGACGUUGACGAUCCAGGAGAAGCAGAGUGA